AUGACGGAGGCAAUGGAAGUCGACGCACCGCCUCCGCAUGGCACGAAAAGAAAAGCGGAGGAUCCACUCCCACUGCCGGCUCCGCGUAGAAUCAAAGCGCUCGCUCAAGACGUCGUGAACAAGAUCGCUGCAGGGGAAAUCAUCGUAGCCCCAGUCCACGCUCUCAAAGAGCUUAUCGAGAACGCUGUCGAUGCUGGAGCGACUCAACUCGACGUGGUAGCCAAAGAGGGCGGCCUUAAGCUUCUCCAGAUCACUGAUAAUGGCCACGGGAUCGAUAAAGAAGACUUGCCGAUUUUAUGUGAGCGGUUUACAACGUCCAAGUUAAAAGCCUUUGAGGAUCUCAGUUCGAUUGCGACGUACGGUUUCCGUGGCGAAGCGUUGGCUAGUAUUAGCCAUAUCGCUCAUUUGACCGUUACCACUAGGACGAAGGAGUCCAGUUGUGCAUGGAGAGCACACUAUGCCGAUGGGAAACUUACUAGUCCGAAACCCGGACAGAGUGCUGAGCCUAAGCCUAUAGCUGGACGGCCAGGCACGCAAAUCACUGUCGAAGAUCUCUUCUACAACGUGCCUUCAAGAAGAAAAGCAUUUCGUUCUGCUAGUGAAGAGUACGCCAAAAUCUUGGAAAUGGUUGGACGCUACGCAGUCCACUGCUUUGGUGUCGCCUUCUCCUGCAAGAAACAUGGCGAUUCUUCCAGCGGACUUUCGGUCCCCGCCAGUGCCGGGAUGCUGGAUCGCAUCCGCCAGAUACAUGGCAGCGCUGUCGCCAAUGAACUCGUCAGCUUCAAGACUGGCAACGACCGAUGGGGCUUCAAGUGCGAGGCGUGGAUUAGCAGUGCAAACUACAGCGCCAAACGUACCACUUUGCUGCUUUUCAUCAACCACCGUGCAGUCGAAUCUGCAGCGAUCAAGAAAAGCAUCGAACAGACGUACGCAACGUUUCUUCCAAAAGGUGGUCACCCGUUCGUCUAUCUGAGUCUAGAGAUCGAACCACACAGAGUGGACGUCAACGUCCAUCCGACGAAGCGCGAAGUGCACUUUCUCAACGAAGAUGAGAUAGUCGAAAUCAUCUGCGAAGAGAUCCGCAACAGCCUAGGCAAAGUCGACACAAGCCGUUCCUUCAUGACGCAGUCCCUUCUCUCUACCAACCCAAAAGUCCCGUUUGCCACGCCAAUGAAGCAGAUUAUUCCCACCGUUCCUGCCACCGACGACACUCCGGACGGCAGCAUUCCUCGACCGUCGCAGAAACCAGCGCCUACCAAGAAGCCCUACGUAAACAACCUUGUUCGUACCGAUGCCUCCGCCCGCAAGAUCACUUCGAUGCUGCAAUCCCGGCCCUCGAUCGGCGAAGGCAAAACCACCACGGACGAACCAGACAAGGAAUACGAAUACACGUACGUCGAGCGCGAACCCACGACCUGCCGCCUCACCAGCAUCAGAGAGCUGCGCGCCGAGGUCCGCGACGCCAUGCACCACGAACUCACCGACAUCAUCUCGACGCACACCUUCGUGGGCAUCGUCGACGAGCAGAAGCGCAUAGCGGCGAUCCAGGGCGGGGUGAAGCUCUUCCUCGUCGAUUACGGGAUGCUCUUCAACGAGUACUUUUACCAGCUUGGCCUGACCGACUUUGCGAAUUUUGGCGAAAUCCGAUUGCAUCCGCCGCUUGAUCUGGAGGAACUGUUGCGGAUAGGCGCCGAGCAGGAGAAGCGGAAUGCGGGGGACGCUGCCGACGAGGUCGAUUGGGCUGAGGUUGUCGCGACGGUGAAGGAGCAGUUGGUGGAUCGGCGGGCGUUGCUCGAGGAGUACUUCUCCAUGGAGAUUACGGAAGAGGGGGAGCUGUGCUGCUUACCGCUGCUGGUUAAAGGGUAUACGCCUUCGCUGGCGAAGCUGCCGCAGUUUCUGCUGAGGUUGGGUCCGCAUGUGAAUUGGGUGGAGGAGAAGGAAUGUUUUCACUCGUUUCUGAGGGAGUUGGCGGCUUUCUAUACGCCGGAGUGUCUGCCUUUGGCGCCGCCAAGUACAAGUCAGAAUACAGACCAGAAUCAGAUUCAGGGCGGUGAGGGGUCUGGCAAGGGUAAAGGGAAAGAAAAGGCUGUCGAAGAGGAUGCGGAGAUUGCGGUGAGAAGGGAGAGAGUUAAGCACGCGGUGGAGUUUGUGCUGUUCCCGGCUUGCAAGGCGAGGCUGGUGGGGACGAGGGGGUUGUUGAAGGGGGUGGUGGAGGUGGCGAAUCUGAAGGGGUUGUAUAGGGUGUUUGAGAGGUGUUGA